GGCCUGCGGUUCGCGGCCGUUUAGCGGGCGGCGGUUGGUGAGGGGCCGGGGGGAGGGGUUGUGCUCCCCCGGGUUCCGGCGGGGCCUGACCGGCCGGCGGCGUGCCCCCGAGCCUCCGUGCCGGUGAAAUGGCGGCGUGCAGUGCGGGCUGCCCGCGCCACAGCGGUGUGCCCCCGUCGCGGCACCCUCUGCCGCCUCCCUCAGCGGGGGAUCUCGGAGGAGGCGCUUCCCCAGGCGGGGAGGUGAUGAGGACAAGAAAUUAGCCCAGAUGCAGUAAACUGGAAGCAAUGGAAGAAAGGAAAAUCAAGAGGAGGAGCCCCAAAUCAUCCACCAGUCACCCUGCUCAGGUUGCUAACUCCAAGAAAAACUCAGUGCCGGUCAGUAAAAGCACAGCCUUUUCAAACCCUGCACCACAGCCGGCGGUACAAAAACCAAAGUUAAAACGUGUCAUAAAAGAGAAAGCCAAACCUCCAGGAGGUGAAGCAAAAGGGGCACAGGCAGCACCAAUCCAGCAUUCUUUUCUCACAGAUGUAUCAGACGUCCAGGAAAUGGAAAGGGGACUUCUGAGUCUCCUGAAUGAUUUCCACUCUGGCAAACUUCAAGCAUUUGGAAAUGAAUGUUCCAUAGAGCAGAUGGAGCAUGUGCGGAGUAUGCAGGAGAAACUUGCUCGCCUCAACCUGGAGCUCUAUGGGGAGCUGGAAGAACUCCCUGAAGAUAAAAGAAAACUAGCCAGUGACUCCAACCUGGAUAGGCUGCUGUCAGAUCUAGAAGAACUGAAUUCAUCUAUCCAAAAACUUCAUUUAGCAGAUGCUCAAGAUAUUCCAAAUGGUGCCACAGGUUGAAAGAACAGCUUUGUCAGAAGCUUUUCUUUUGUUUGUUGGGUUCCCCCCCCCCCCCCGACAGUGGAGUCUGGAACAUUUGUGGGUUUGUGUGUGCUUGGUUUUCUUUUUAAUUUUGCACAAUGAAGAAUCAAAGUGCAAAUCCAGGUAUUCCUUUUUGCAUAUUCCUCUUUGAGCACUGCAUUGUGCCAGUACUCAGUAUCUAGAGUUUUAAACAGAUCAUUGUGAUGCUAUGCUUUUUAUUGUUGCUUUAUUUAAUAGAAAAACUGGGCAAAUGUGGAAGUACAUUUCUUCUGCUCAGUGUUGUUCAUAUGGUUGAAAAUGGUAUAUGUAUAUAAGUUCAUUAGCAUCUCUCCAAUUUUUAUCAAGGUAACAAUGCCUUUCUGAUCAGUAUGUAGACAGUCUGCACACUAUAUCUUGAGUGUUGUGUUGGUCAGUGAUGGCACAGAUUAAUUUAUUCUUAAUAAAGUAAAACAUUUUAAAUACACAGUGUUUCAUUUAGAGAAGCUGCUAUCUGGCCGUGUUAAGAAGAUCUGAGUUCUUCUAUGGUCUGAAUGGUUGCAGAGUUUGCUUUAUUUUCCAUUACUGUGAAUAAUUAUAGAAUGUCACUAGAUUACAACUAGCAUGCAUGCUAGUUUGAGGAAGUAUUGUAACAUUCCAAAAUUGGGUAAACAGUAAAUAAAUCCAAUAUAAGCAA